AUGCCACCUACUGUAACAACAAAAGAAGAGAUCGCAAAACUCAAAAGCGAUUUAAAGACUUUUACAGAGCUAUUUGACGUAUUGUCUAAGACGUGUUUGGCUAAUGAGGAGGAUGCCGUGGAUAUUUGUGAGGCGUUUAAUGGAGUGAGGGAGCGGCUGGGGGAGAAGAUUAGGAAGUUGGAGGAGGAGAUAGCGGAGGGGAAGGGGAAGGGAAAGAGAUAG